CAGAAGCACUUUUUUGUUGUGAAACAAGAAUGGCAGAAGCUAAUACUCACAUAGAAGAGGACCAGAUUAUCUGUCCAAUGUGUCUGGAUUUACUGAAGGAUGCAGUCACCACUGCAUGUGGACACAGUUACUGUAUGCAGUGUAUUAAUAACUACUGGAAUCAGAGUGAUCAUACGAGUGUCUACAGCUGCCCCCAGUGCAGAGAGACUUUUAACCCAAGGCCUGUUCUGCGCAAAAACACAGUGCUGGCUGAAGUUGUUGGAGAAUUCAAGAAGAGAAGACUCAAUCCUCCUCCUGCUCAAAGUUAUGCUGGACUUGGAGAUGUGCCGUGUGAUGUCUGCAGUGGGAGUUCAAAGUUCAAAGCUGUGAAAUCCUGUUUGACGUGCCUGGCCUCUUACUGUAAAACACACAUCAAGACACACUAUGAGGGUGCUGCUUUCAAGAGGCACAAGCUGAUCAAUGCAAUUGGAAAUCUGGAGCAGAAGCUUUGUGCUGAACACCAAAAGGUUUUGGAGGUCUUUUGUAGAACUGAUCAGACUUGUAUUUGCUUGUUGUGUGCAGACAAGGAACACUGGAGCCAUGAUACUGUCUCAACUGAGACAGAAAGGACUGGGAAACAGAAGCAGCUGGGAGAGACACAGACAGAAAUACAACAGAGAAUCCAGGAGAGACUGAAAAAAGUGAAGGAGCUGAAACAGGCUGUGGAGUCACUGAAAAGAUCUGCACGGAGAGAAAUGCAGGCCAGUGACAAGAUCUUUACUAAGCUGAUCCAAUCCAUUGAGAAGAUCCACACUGAGGUUAUUGAGCUGAUUGGAGCUAACGAGAAGGCUGCAGUGAAUCAGGCUGAAGGACUCAUGAAGAAACUGGAGCAGGAGAUUGCUGAGCUAAGGAGGAGAAACACUGAGCUGAAACAGCUUUCAGAGACAGAGGAUCACAUCCAUUUUCUACAGAAUUUCCAGUCUCUCUGUGCCCCUCCUGAAGCUGGAGACUUACCCAGCGUUACUGUCAAUACAGAUGUCUCUUUUGAGGCUGUGAGGAAAGCUGUAUCUGAACUUAAAGAUCAUAUUGAGGACUUCUGCAAGGGGGAAUUAGUCAAAAUAACCACAACAGUGAAUGCAGUUCCAGUUUACAGUCUGCAGGCUCCAGAACCAAGGAACAGAGCUGACUUUUUAAAAUAUUCCUGUCGGCUCACACUGGACCCCAACACGGUGCAUAGCAAGCUCUGGCUUUCUAAAGGGAAUAGAGAGGUGACACUGAGGACAGAAAUCCAGCCCUAUCCUGAUCACCCAGAGAGAUUUGACAGUUACUGGCAAGUGCUUUGCAGAGAGGGUUUGUCUGGGACUCGCUGUUACUGGGAGAUUGAGUGGUGUGGAAACGGGACUAUUAUAGGAGUCACAUAUAAAGGAAUCAACAGGAAAGGUAAAGAUGUUUCCUGCAUCCUUGGCUACAGUGACAAGACAUGGAGUUUGAGGUGCUCUGGCUCCAGUUACUCUGCCCGACACAAUUACAAGAAAACUGUAAUAACUGCCCCCUACUCACCUACAAUAGGAGUGUAUCUGGACUGUCCUGCCGGCACUCUAUCAUUUUAUGGAGUCUCUGACACAAUGACCCUCCUGCACAAAUUCCAAACCACAUUCACUGAGCCGCUCUACCCUGGGGUUUGGGUAGAUGAUAAUUCCACAGUAACAAUCCGCCAGCUUAAAUAGAUAUUUUCUUUUGUAUUGAACCCUCUGUCUUUCCUUUACAUUCUUUGGGUGAGGGGAAUGUUACAGUGCCCAUGUGGGUGUGGCCUGGUAAAGCCACCACACCUCCAGGGCUGUCUUUGUCCUCCGGAGCCGGUAGCUCACAACAUCCGCUCUGGAGCUCCUGGAAAGCCCCCUAAAGCUUAAAUUUUCAACAUGUGCUCACGGAAUCAUGAACAAUGAUUACAACUAUCUGUUUUAAGAAACAUGCUCUAUGAAAAGGAGAUGCCUCACAGUACAGCAGAAAUACCAGUCUUGCUACUGUGAUCCAGUGUAAGGUGUGAGGAUGGUAUUACACUGUGAUGUGUGUGAAAGAGAGACAUGGUGUGAGUCACACAUUGUUGAAAAGAAUGUUGCCUUGUUUAUUAAUCAAAGUUAACAAUUCAAUAAAGCACAGUGUAACAGGGGAAGUGUUACAUGCAUGGGUCAUCACUGAAUAAUAAUAAGUCAGACACAGACCACCUGUGUUCAUUGACAAGCCGCACAGGCAUGCAGAUUUAAUGAACACAGGUGCUGCCACUAGGGUACUAGCAAUGACAGCCCUAGGUUUAGAUUUAAUAAAGAAAACAAAAGAAAACAAAGUGGUUUUAUUUUUAAAUUGAUAAUUACAGCAUAAAUGUAUUUAUGUGAAUUAGUUACAAUACAUCCAUGAGGUGCCAGCAGAGUCAGAGUUAUGAAUCUCCAGCUAUAAUCUUUAUUUAUAAAACGGAAUGUUUGGAUCCUGCACGCUGAUUGGCUGUUAAGGAUUUUUAACCCUGCACAACAAAAUGCACAACAAAACUUAUUUUUGCCGAAGCACAGUUCAAUUAAUAAAUGAUCAAUACAUAACAUAUCAAACUCGCAAUAAAUAUACACAUUGUUGUGAGAGGUCUUUUGAAGUUUUUAAAAAUGAGUGACAUUCCUUUCAUCACAUUUGAUCUUUUCGGAGGCAUGAUAGUAGAACGGCCAGAAAUAAAAAAUAAAAAAAGCAAGACACAAAGAUGUAACAAGUCAACAACUUCAUGAAAUCAAAGAAAACUAAAAUUCUUGGGCAGCUUGUGUUUUUAUUGAUUUGAUGAAAUAUAAAGAAAUGGUAAUUGACUUAAAAACAGUUUGUCUUGAAAAUGUCAACACUCUGUCACGAUAAUUCUAUGCUGCAGGUGUGCUAUUCGGCUGGUCAAUAGUAUUCAAUUGUGUUGUUAGCCUCCGUGUUGGUCUCAAUCGAUCCAUAAACAGUGCUGACAUAUACCGCAAUGAUAGCCUGUUAGUGACCAAGCAUUUAAAAAUGCCAAUCAUGUAUUUUUGUAUUGUUGGCUUCUCCAGGUCAGUGGUAGUAACGUGUGGAUAGUGGACUUUUUCUUUCCCUCCUUUUCUGUAUCUUGGCAUUUUUAAAUGAUGACAAAAGUGUUAGCCUCUGUGCCACCAACCCAACUACAGCUCUAUGUUAAUGCAACACAAUGCAUGCCCUGUCGUGUGUUACUGUUAUCCCUUACUUUACAAGCAGCUGUGCUGAGUGCACGUGAGCACAAUACACCAAAACUCCCUUGUAAAGAAUACAUUUUAGACACCAAAACUAUUGUGACAGAGUGGUUCAUGGGACGUAUGGUAAAGUGUGUAACAGUGCAUACGUAAGUAACACAAUGAAAACAAUCCUGUUUCCAGACUGUCUGUAGUGGGGUAAAAUGGCUGCCGACUAAAGGACUACAUUUCCCAGAAGGCCAUAGUCAAAAUGGCCAAAGUUAAUUGUGUAACAUGACACAGGUGUGUCCUGUUAGGGCGGGGUCCUGGCUGUAUAAAGCCAGCCUCGAAUCCAGUUCAGAGAGCUGGUUGUGGAGUGAGACAUGCAUUGUUUAUGAAAGAGUACUAUGAGUAUUCAAGAACUGUUAUUGUGUGGGAUAGUAGUACUGUUUGUAAAAUGACCAACCUUUUUCUGUACAGGGAAACAGCUUAGCUGUCCUGUCCUACAUAGGGACUUGUGUUUACUUAGCACUCCUUGUUGUAGUAGAUUUUUGUUUAUUUUUGUUUUGCCAACUAACGACUGUAUAUAAUAAACGUAUGCUGUGGCAUGUCACUGCGA